AUGCUUAUCCUGGGGCUGGCACUCCUGGGCAGCUUUUUUGUAGGUGUCUUCCUCUGGGCUGUCCUUCAGCACUUCCUCACAGCAGACAUCCCCUCUACAUUGCAACAUCCCACCAAGUUCAGAUUUCUGCACUGCAUGUUCCUGUACAUAUUCAUUUUGGCAGAAAUAUUUGAGAAGUUGGGAAUUUGCUCCAUGCUCAGAUUUCUCAAAUUAUUGCAAGCUUUUGUGAGAAUAAAGAAAGACGAUAGACUUAUGGUAACUGACCUGUAUUUUGGGACCAUACCUGUGAGGCUGUUCCAGCCCAAGGCAGCGCCUUCUGGCCCGCGGCGAGGCAUCAUCUUCUUCCCUGGAGGAGGCGGGUUCAUGGGGAGCCUGGACCUCUUCCACAGCCUGAGCAGUUUGCUGGUCCUGGAGACGGACUCCGUGCUGCUGUUGGUUGGGUACCGGAAGCUUCCUGAUCACCAUUACCCCAGCAUUCACCAAGACUGUCUGAACGCCUCCAUUCACUUCCUGAAGGCCCUGAAAACCUAUGGGGUGGACCCCUCCCGCGUUGUGUUAUGUGGAGAUAGCACUGGGGGAGGGCAUGUGGCCUCUAUCACCCAGGCUCUGGUGGGCAGAUCGGAUCUUCCCCAGAUCAGGGCCCAGGUCUUGGUUUAUCCAGUUACCCAGAUCAUCAAUUUGCAGCUGCCGUCCCACUUGCAGAACCGAAAUGUCCCGUUCCUCUCCCAGAAGUUCAUGAUGAUAUGUAUGUUCAAAUAUAUGGUUAUCGACUUUCACUGGUGGGACGCCAUCUUGGGCGGUGCUUUCACCCCAGAAGUCUGGAGAAAGGACCGGAAGUGGCUCAGCGCGGACAACAUUCCCAGCAGAUUCAGAAAGCCAGGCUACCGACCGUUUCCCGGCCCUUUUAAUGAGGCUGCCUACCUGGAAAACAAACAUAUUUUCGACAUAGAAAAUGCCCCUCUGCUCAGGGAUGAUGAGACCAUCGCUCAGCUUCCUGCAGCCUUCGUGGUAAGCUGUGAGCAUGACAUCCUCCACGAUGAUGCCUUGCUCUAUAUGAAGCGGUUGGAGGACCAGGGGGUCCCCGUGACGUGGUAUCACGUGGAAGAUGGCUUUCGUGGGUCCUUGAUAUUAUUUGAUAAGAAGUUUUUCUCUUUCCCAUGCUCCCUGAAAAUUACAAAUGCUGUCAUCAGUUAUAUAAAAAGCAUAUAG